AAGAAAAUUCCCACAUUGAAUUGAAUGGAAGCCAAAUUGUUUGAGGCUGCUUGCUCAGGAAAUCUGCAACCACUUUAUGAUGUAGUUGGACAAUCUGGCGUUGCAGCCCUUCUGAAAUUGCAUUUAUUAGGAAGCAUAGAGACACCUCUGCACCUGGCUUCCAUGUUCGGGCAGGCGGAGUUUGUAAGAGAAUACAUGAAGCUGAGCUCACUUUCCGCCCACCAACUCUCCCAACUCAAUCAAGAUGGCUGUAGCCCACUGCACUUGGCGUCGGCCGCCGGCCACUUGGAGAUAGUCACAUUUCUGCUUGAGUUCGGGAAGCAGAAAUCUGCUGUCGAAGAGCUGUGCAUGAAGAAAGAUAGAGACAGGAGAACGGCACUACAUUGUGCUGUGGUUAAUGGUAGAAUUGAUGUCGUUGAUGUGCUCCUUGUCAAUUGUCCACAGGCUGCAAAGGAGGUGACUGCUCAACAGGAGACUGUUCUACAUCUUGCUGUGAAACACCACCAGCAGGAGUCGCUUGAGUUCUUGAUUGGUCAGAAACUUGGAUCAUCAGUUGAAGAUUUGUUGAAUGUAGGUGAUCGGGAAGGCAACACAAUUCUACAUCUCGCAACUGCCAACCGACAACUUCAGACGGUGGAGUGCUUAGUGAAGCAGCCCAAUUUGAAUGUCAAUGCAGAGAAUUCAUACGGCCUCAGGGCAUUGGACAUCAUGUACGCGUGUGCCCUUAACUCAAAGGAUAUGUAUAUCGAAGAGGCAAUCAGACUUGCAGGGGGUUGUCGAUCACAAUUAGCAGCAACAACUAAUCAAACCAGGCCAUCCCACGACACUCAGAAUACUUCAAGAGGGUCAAUUAGCCUAGCGGACGACUGGUUGAAAGAAUUGAGAAGCGGGAUUAUAGUAAUGGCAUCAGUAUUUGCUACUCUUACAUUUCAAGUAGCAUUAACCCCUCCCGGAGGAGUAUGGCAAGAUUGGGGUUCAAAUGCAACAACGAUGUCCAACAGUUCAGUCGUCCCUGCACAUCAACCUGGAGUACCGAUUCUUUACAAUUUGGAUCCUAAGCAAUUUAAUAAGGUGACGAGGUUAAAUACAUUAACGUUCAUGAUUUCUGUCGCGACCAUCAUUUUGAUGAUACAACCUUUCAAGAUUCAGUCGCUAGCACCCGGGAAGUUGCGAUAUGUCGUGCUCGCGCCUUAUGUGGUUCUGUUCAAUGUUAUAUUUAUGGCAGUGGAUUUUUUGUCAAUCGGGACUAUCAUGACCAAGAAGUCACCCACGAGUUCACAUUUUUGGCGGACUAGCUUUCAUUGGGUUUUGAUUUUAGUCUUUGCCUUUUUCUUCGGGACUGCCCUAUAUUUCCUACCUCUUCGGCGGGGAUCCCGACCAUCCCAAAAUACACAAAGUUCAUCGCAAAAUUCUAGUCCUUAGUCGGAUUCAUUUCAUCCGUACGUACUAUAUUAUUUGUAGUGUAAUUUAAUUAAUUUUCUUGUCAUUAAUUAUGAGAUGGACUCGUGCUUGCACUUCUA